AUGGAGGCUUCAGAGAUAGCAGAUUGUCACCCUGAGAUUGCUAUAGAAACAUUCAAGAUCGCCAGAGGAGACUUAGCAGAUUAUCUCGCACCAAAGGAGCAGGCAAGGUCGAGGGAAGUUAAUCCUCGGAAAGUAGAAGGAAAUCAAGUGAAGGUCAUUCAUACAAUACAUGGAAAGUCGGAGGAAGACCAAGAGUCAGAAGAGGUGUACCGCUCUAGAUUAAGGGCUGUCCACAAGAUAAGAAAAUUAUCCUCAGUAAACAUCAUCGUUUCGGGCAGUAUCAGAAUCGAGUUUGGAAAUGGAGAUUUAUCAAGAGUACAGCUUCCUCAUGAAGAUCCACUUGUCAUUAGUCUUCUGGUAGUAAACUGCAUGAUUAAAAAAGUCUUGGUGAACCCCAGCAGCAGUGCCAAUAUUAUAACAAAGGCAGUCAUUGAACAAUUGGAGAUCCCAUCUUCGUCAAUUCAAGCCACCUCUAGUCCUUUAAUGGGGUUUGAUGGAACAAAGGUGAAUCCUAUUGGGAUAAUCGAUUUAUCAGUCACUGCAGUGAAGAGGACAUUGAAAGAAAACUUUGUUCUGAUAGAAAUUCAUCCUUCUUACAAUCUCAUUAUGGGAAAAAGUUGGAUUCACUGA